AUGGCCUCCGCCAGACCGGAGGCUGGUAGCCCGGCUGUUAGCUCGUCGGCGUCCUCAGCUCCGGACUCUCCCGGAGUCCUCCGUAACCGUAAGUUCGGCGACCGUGCCAACCCCGGGGCCAUGCGUCGGUCCUCUACGGCCGGACCACCCGGACCUCCCGGCCCAAGAAUACCACCGCCUGAGAACUAUAUCCACCGCCGCAGCUCCACUUUCUCGCAAUAUAGCAUCAAUGAAGCAGUCCAAGAUUUCCAUGAAGAGAUCGCUGAUCCCGGGCCGGAGGUUAACCGCGAGCCGACAACAUGGAAGUCGUUGUUACCUAUCAUGUUUGCUUCGGUCCCUCCCAUCGCAGGACUGUUCUUUGAGAACGGAACAGCCUUCUUCAGCGACCUCAUCCUACUAUUUCUUGCUACCAUCUUCCUCCACUGGUCUGUAACGGCGCCAUGGAAAUGGUACAGCUUGGCCCAGCAGGUUCGGGAGGACAAUGAGCCGGCCCUUGAGGAAUCACUUAAAGCACAAGACGACGAAUCGGCGAUCAAAUCCGACAGCGACUCCGAGUCAGUAAACGGCAUACAUCGGUCAAAGGUGGACAAGUAUGACCGAACACGCCAGGCGGACGAAGCUCUGGAUAGGUUACAGAGCCUCGAAAUAAUGGCGCUGGCCACAUGUUUCUUGGCCCCUGCCAUUGCCACAUACCUCCUCUACUCGGUCCGGUACCUCCUUAGCCCCCCUUCCGAAAACCUGGUCUCCAGCUUCAACCUCGCAAUCUUCCUGAUGGCCGCCGAGAUGCCACCGGUUUCGCAUUUGAUCAAAAUGAUCUUGGCGAGGACACUCCACCUACAACGGAUCGUCAACGCCAACCCGUACCGGGUGGUGUCGGUCACUGCCUCCAACUACCGCGACCUCCUGGCGCGGAUCCAGGACCUCGAGGCGCGGGCGCUCGAGCAGUCUGAGAGGCCCCGGUGCGAAGGCUGCGACUGUAUUGACGGCCAGAAGCAGCAGCAGACGGCUAAGCGACUGCGUGAGGACGUGGCGCGGGACGUGCGUGCUGCCGUCGGCCCGGAGAUCGACGGCGUCGUCCGUGCAGUGAGGCGCUAUGAGAGAAAAACCAGCACCCUCACCAGCGACACGGAUCACCGGCUGGCGGAUCUGCGCCAACGCCUCGACGAUGUCAUCGCGCUGUCCGCCGUCGCCGCUAGGAACAAUACUGGCGUGUGGGGGCUCCUGGAGACGAUGGCCGGCGGCUUUUGGAUGGUGCUUUCGGUCCCCGUGGCGGCGGCGUUGUCUUUGGUUUCGCUGCUUCUAUCCCCUAUUGUUAAGCCGCUGAGCUGGAUUGCCCAUCAGGGACGGCGCUCGAGGACUGAGGCCGAGGAGCGGAAUCACGAACGGGGGAGGAAAGUAGUUACGAAUGGGCAACCGCAAGAGAAUAGCCAAGCACGGGCGCGGUCCAUCAAGCAGGGGCGGGCUGCCCCGACAUUUCCGGCUGUGUUUCCACCGAGGCCGAAUAGGUUCAAGUCGGGGUGA